AAUCGCUCUUCUUUGAUCUCUCGCUGCUUGAGAAGAUAAUUUUUCCUCAACUUUCUUCUUCUUCCGUCCGAACAGCUUCUCCAUUUCUGAACAGUAUCUCGCUCAUCUGUGCUGCGAUUCAGAGCCGGAGGCACACUCCAAUUUCAAGUACCACCAGAGACACCAAACACCUCCUGCGAUUUCCAUGGAAGAUUUCUUCGUUUACUUCUUGUGGCUUCCACACUACGAUCCACAUUUAGAUCGACGAUUGUUGCUGCAAUUGAAGAGAUGGACAACCAUCUUCUGCCUAUCACAGCCGCAAUAGCAGAGCAAAUCUCCCUUGCAGUUCGAAGCCAUCAGCCUCACACCUCAGGUCUCGGUAUAGCUCCCACAAAGACCGCAAUAGCAGAGCAAAUCUCCCUUGCAGUUCGAAGCCAUCAGCCUCACACCUCAGGUCUCGGUAUAUUGAUGGCCUCACAGAUGCGAGUUAUUGGUCAACUGCACGGUCACUUCGUAUUUUAUUUGCUACUCUUCUGGUUUCAAAUGAGUUCUCGAAGCCAGACUUAGUUUGGGAGAAGUGCUGAGAGUUUUUAGCUGAUGACAUUCUAUACAAUAUUCGCAAGAAUAUGAAUAAUCCAGAUUUUGAACUUGAUCAGGGAGAGAUCCAAAAGUAUUGUUUGUUGGAGAUUCAAAAACUCCUGCAGUCAAGGGGCAGAUCACUGUGUGACUUUGUUGGCAUACCAUUACUACCCGAUGAAGACAUGCCCACGCUCGAAGAGGUGCUCAUUCAUGAAGAGUUGCAAUACAACAAAUCAAAUUUGAUGGAGGAGCAUGCAAAGUUGUUGGCUGAAAUGACAGAUGAACAACGUGUGGUGUAUGACAAAAUCGGGGAAUUUGUAGAACGUAGAAAUGGGGGUUUCUACUUUUUAUAUGGCCACGGAGGAACUGGGAAAACAUAUCUAUGGAAGACUUUGUCUGCAGCACUCAGAUCUCGUGGUGAUAUAGUGCUUAACGUGGCUUCCACGCAUCGCUCCUCUUGCCUGGUGGAAGGACAGCACAUUCGAGAUUUGCGAUUCCGCUCAACAUGACAGAAGACUCGAUGUGCAAUAUAAAACAUGGUAGUCCGCUGGCUAAGCUAAUCCAGUUAUCCAAGUUGAUCAUAUGGGAUGAGGCGCCGAUGACACACCGACACUGUUUCGAGGCUCUUGAUAGGAGUAUGAGAGAUGUGCUUAAAUACUCCAGCCAUUAUGAUGCGAGCUUGCCUUUUGCUGGAAAGACUAUUGUAUUCGGUGGUGACUUUAGACAGAUCCUUCCCGUGAUUCCAAAAGGCACGAGACAAAAUAUUGUGCACGCAGCACUGAAUAGCUCAUUUCUGUGGUCAUUCUGUACCGUAGUGAGACUAUCAAAAAACAUGAGGCUAGCAAGGAUGGCGGGUGAGCCUAAUGAACCAGCAAUCCAAUCUUUUGCAGACUGGAUUUUAAAGAUAGGGGAUGGCGCUUUUGCAGAAAAUCAAAAUGGAGAAUCACUCAUUGAAAUACCGGACAAUAUGAUUGCUCCAAUGACGUCCGAUCCAGUUGAUUCUAUUGUUCGAGCUAUCUAUCCCGACUUCUUGACCCAGAGUGAUCCGAUUUCUUAUCUUUAUUCCAGGGCUAUUCUUGCCCCGACCAUAGAUGAGGUUGAAAAAGUCAAUGAUUACAUGCUGAGUCAGAUAGAUUCAGAGUUGAGAACUUAGCUAAGCUCAGAUUCAGCUUCUUCACCUAGCUCCGAUGGUGAUCUCUUACAUGAGAUACAUUCCCCUGAAUUUCAUAAUAGCAUUAAAUGUUCAGGUUUGCCGAGUCAUGAGCUAAAGCUAAAGGUGGGGGUUCCUGUGAUGCUUAUGAGGAAUAUAGAUCAUUCAUCUGGAUUGUGCAAUGGCACACGACUUUUGGUUACUAAACUUGGAGAUCAUAUUAUCGAGGCUAAGAUGAUGCACGGAGAAAAUGCUGGUGAAAAGUUUCUUAUUCCUCGACUUACUUUGACACCAUCAGACGUUAGGCUCCCUUUUACUUUUCAGUGUAGACAGUUUCCGUUAAUGGUUAGCUAUGCAAUGACCAUUAAUAAGAGCCAGGGUCAAUCAUUGGAAAAGGUGGGCGACGGCCUGUUUUUACGCAUGGACAGUUGUAUGUGGCGGUCUCGAGAGUAACAAGUCCAUCUGGGUUGAAGUUUGUCAUAUACUCAUAUGUGACGAAGACGGACAACCUACAAAGUCUACAUUGAACGUUGUUUACAAAGAAGUUUAUAAUAAUUUAUAAUUUGUUUGACAAUUCCGUGGACAAACA